UCUCAGUUCAAAAAACUUGAAAGCACAGCGCAAAACACUAAUCCCCAAAAACGAGCUUUGAAAUUCAAUGAAACGGUCGCUUUAAUCACGCUCCUCCUGAUCUCUCUCUCUCUUUCUCACUCGCUUCAUUCAUGGAGGAAGCCGCCGACCAGUAUCUCGGCUUAGAUUGCGGGGCUCACGCGGCUUUGCCUCCAGCUCUGGUAUCUCUCGCGCCGUUCUCUUCGCCGUCCCCGCGCCGGCUCUCAACCGGCGGCUUCGCGCAGGCGAGCUACCCCGCCCCCGUGCCACCAAAGCGGAUGGCCUGGGUGUCCCUACAGGGGCGGCUCAUCAACGCCGAAGAGGCGAGCUCGGUUAGGUCUGUCGGUGGCGGCUUGAGCCGCGACGAGGCUAUAGCUUGGGAGCUAUUCAGCCCGGUCCAGAGGUUCCUCAUCGUGGCGGUGAUCGGCGUUGCCGCAGCGGAGUCGAAGAAAAACCGACUCAUUUUGCGGCUCACGAAAUCUGUGGAGCUUAGGGAUCAGGUGCUGUCAAGCAUGCAACAGAAGCUUGACAGUCUGUUCCAGCAGGUGAAUUAUGUUAGGGAUUACUCGAGUGGUAGGGGCGAGAUGGCAUUCACCAAGAAUUUGGAGUCAUCAUGUAAUGACGCUUUUGGUUCUGAUAAUGUCACAUUCGUUGAUUGUGGUUGUUGGUUUUGUGAUCAACAUCGUGUCCUGUAUAAUGGGUUGCCGGGCAGCUCUGUUAGGAAAGCCUCCAGUGGGGACGAGAUGCUCCAAUAUAAAUUUGCUAUCUCAAACGAAGCAGAACCAGAGGAGCGCCGCAUGUCUGAUUUGUCAGAUUGGGCUUCAAGUGUCACAUCUUCUGCUGACAUCCAGAUGAACACCUCUGCAAUUGAACAAGACAUUUACAACUUCAAGAAGGACAAUGAGGAGAAAGAUGCCACUAUAAAGGAGUUAACCACUCUACUCCACUCAUCUGAUUUUGCUGGUUCAAAGAGGAUUGCAGAGUUGGAAGACAUUAUACGUAGGAAAAACACGAUAAUUACAAGACUAAAGAAGGACAUGGUUGUCCUAGAACAAAAGGUGGUGCACUUCACUAGGCUUCGGAGAUCCUCCUUCCCUCUCUCAGACUCAAACUUAAACAGUGAGCAGCGUCCACACAUGACAGAAAAUCUCCUAUAUGAUAUGGAUAGUACUACCAGUCCUUCAUCUUCUGAUUCAGACUCUUCCCCUUCGAAUCAACCACAUGCUCCUGUUGCUAAAAUGGAGGAAAUUUCUGUUGAGAAUAACUACUCUACUUCUACAAGAAACCAGAUGUCAGCGCCAGCAAAACCGCCAGGUUCUUUUGUGAGACCAACAGAUUGGAGCUCAAAAUCUCGAUCAGGAAGUCCACUUAAAGAAAUAUCUACAAAUCGGAAAUCCGAUUCAAUUUCUUCUUCGAGGCAAAAGCAGUUAAUUGUUGGAGAUUCUUCAAGAAAGAGUAGAAGGCGACAUCUAACUGGAUCCAAGGAUGCAACUCCUCAAAAGAGAUGGAUUUAGUUGAAUGCAAAUAUUUCUGCAAUCUGGAGAUGAGACGCCUUUACACAUCCAAAAUGAUGCUCGGGAGAUGUAUGGAACAUAUUUAUACCGUCUUUUUUGUUGUUGUCAUAUUCCUGUCGAUGUUGAAUUUAUAGAAUUUUAGAAAUUACAGUACAUUAAUUUAAGUAAAUACACAACUGGUCUUAUAUAUUCACUACUA